CUUUAGUUAAAUGUCUCGUAAAACUGAAAGAGCUGCUAGAAAGGCAAACAAGAAAACUAAGAAGGCUACUGAGCCUACUGUUGAAAAGAAAGAAAUUGAACGUAAAGAGGAAGAGGAAGAUCUUCAAGAUAUUAUUAUUAAAGAAACUGACAAUGAUAUAAAUGAAGACGAAAAGGGCGAAGAAGUUGAACAGGAUAAUGAUGAAAACAAAGAGGCUGAACAAGUCAAUGAUGAUGAUGAUGGUGAUGAGCAAGAUAAAUCCCAAACUCGUAUUACAAGAGCUAGAAUUAAUGAUGAGGCUGCCAUGAUUCGCAUUACAGACGAAUUUAAGUUAAAAGACUUACCUUGGAUUGAAACUAUGACUGUAACCUCUAGUGAACCUGUUAUAGUGGAAGACUCCACUGAUGAUAUGAAGCGUGAAUUAGCUUUUUACCAGCAAGCACUUGAAGCGGCAAAGGUUGCUCGAGAUCUUGUUAAAAAAGCAGGCAUUCCAUUUUCAAGACCUGAGGAUUACUUUGCUGAAAUGCUUAAAAGUGACGAGCAUAUGGCUAAGGUUCGUCAAAAAUUAUUAGAUGAAAGUGCAGCUAUUAAGGCUUCUGAAGAAGCUAAACGCCAACGCCAACUUAAGAAGUUUGGUAAGAAGGUUCAAGCUGAAAAGCAAUUGGAAAGACAAAAACAAAAAGCAGAAAUGCUUGAUAAAAUCAAAUUACUUAAGCGAAAGAGAAAAGAUGGUGAAGAUUUGACAGUAGAAGAUGAUUUUGAUAUUGCAUUGGAAAAGGCAGAUAAACGCCCUGCUAAGAGUUUAAAGAGAAUAAACAAGGAUCGUAAAUAUGGAUUUGGUGGUAAGAAGGGACGAUUUGCAAAAUCAAAUACAGCAGAAUCUUCAGCAGAAUUAGGUGGUUAUAAUAAGAUGAAGGGAAAACCUAUCUUUAAAGGAAAAGGAAAGAAAGCAAUGUCAAAGAAAUAAUAACAAUUAGAAAUAAGCAAAAUUUUCAUGUAAUAUAGUAUAUAUAUCACUUAAUAAACGUAUCUUUAAGAAGAUUCUUUUUUUUAUA